GCCAGAGAAAGAGAAGAGGGAGCGAGACGAGAGGAAUCAGAGAUCGGGGAGGAGAUAAGCCACAGGCAAAUCGGUCUUUGAACCAAGGGCGUAGGCUGUUGAAUGAUCAAAUAUGGCAGAACUGAGCUUGGGUAUUCUUAUUGAUAUUGUUGAUGAGGAGUGGAUGAGAUAUACACUCCCUGAUAAUGAUCUUCCGCUGCCUCCAACACUGAUAGUUCGGACAGAUGAUACUGAGGACUCAAAUCAGGAGACCCAGCAAGUCAAUGCGGAUGCUUGGCAUGAUCUUGCCAUGGGCCCAGAAUAGAAACCUUAUUUGUCAACGAGGGUCGUCCCUCGUAAUAAGUGGAUGUUGUUUCUGUACUUUUGUGUCACAUCAUCCAUUUUGUACUUCUGUCACGUCUAAUGUUGAAUUCCUAGUUUUUGUUUUGUCAUCUACAUUGUGUAAUUAGAGAAGGAAUGUGAAUGAGAUAUCGACUUAAUUAGAUCGCCUCCUGAGCUAUCUCAUUUAUUUUAUGUCAUCUAAGGUGCAUAUAAUGCAUCCUACUAGCCCUCAUAACAGAUUUAUAUCCAUGCAAUUAGUUCUGUAGUUGAAAA